AUGAAGUCGUCUGUUAUCUCCGCCUUGGCUCUGGCCGCUGGUGCUCUUGCCGCUCCGUCUGCAGAGAUCGAAUCUAAUCUUGAGAAGCGCAACCCCAGCGGAUCUUUCAGUCUGUAUGCCUGGGGUGUCGCCGCUUCAGGACUCAAGUUCUUCUAUUCUGACGUCGUCAUCACCGACACCGAACUCAUCACCACCGCCACCACCGACGGCGUCACCCUCGACUCUGACACCCUGUUCUAUAUCCGUCCCACAGCUGACGAGAUCCUGCCUGUUGGCUUCACCGGCAACGGAAUCGAUACGCCUUCAGAUGCCGUCACUGAUGACUUCAUCUUCUAUGGCUCUUAUCUCAUGUGGGAGGAGUCAUCGGGCGAGUUGAGCGAUGUUUUCCGUCUCAAGGAGACCAAUGUCUCCGAUGUUUAUCAGGUGUACUGGGACACGUCGAGCUUGGAUGAGAGUGGGUAUUAUUAUCCGACUGUUAAGGAUACGGCGCCUUCUAGUUAG